CACUAAGAUUCUUCUUCAUUUGUGGCACUACAACCACGAGAGUUUCUUGGUCUGUCUUUUCUGGCGUUCCUGGGCUUUAUUUACCCGUAGCGACAGAAUCACAAUCCAGCGUACCGGAUUUGCGGUGAGAAUUGAAUUUGAUUUCCCAAUAAAAUGGUUCCCAAAACAAUGUGGAUGACCCAGUCCAUUUGUAUUCACUAUACGCUAAGUAGGAAAGUCUUUAGAAUAUAUAAAGAUGCGUACGGCAGCAUCAAAACCAUUGAUCAACUAUGCAUCUUUUUUACCAGCUCUGUUUAGCUCCGUUAAAUUUCCCCGUGCCUUCCAGGAAAUUUAACUCUGGCGAAUUAAACCGGAUUUCUCACCACUCAAAUAAGCAUGAAAUGAUUUAAAUAAAACUACUGAAGUGCAUACUUCUAACAGUUGUAAUUUAAUUAUUUUGUUUUGUUUUGAACAAAAAAAAACCUUUCCAUUUUUGUCUUAUUUAUUUCCGGUAUUCUUAUUAUUAAUUAAUUAUAAUGAUCUACCAUCACUUGUUCAUGAAUAUGUAAACCACAAAAAUUCUACUGGCUUGGGUUGUCAGGUGUUAUUCUAACGACAUGACCCAUGCCUUCCCGAAGCCUAGCGAGUCUAAUUUGCUACACGAUAAUGAGUUCAUUACACAACUCACAGAAUCUGUGGUAACGACUGUUCUAUAGGUCAUUGUUAAUAAAAGCGUAAAUAAUAAGCAAAAACUGAUAGUUUGUUGUUCAUUCUCUAAAUUGCUUCAAAUUUAUCUGACCUUUUUUAUAAUUUAUGUUUAAUACAUUCUCUGCAUUAAGUAACAAUCUUUAUUCUAGACGGUGAAUGCUGUUAUUCACUCCAAAACUAAAACUCCUCUGUUCGGCAAACUGUGCAAAUGCCAAGCUCACGGAGGAAGUCACCUAAAUAAAAACGUGAGCGGUACCGUCCCUAGGAAGCAAGUCACCUUUUUGUGCAAGCUGGGGAAAUGGUAACAUAACCGCAUGUUAACCUUACGCUUUCGGUAACUUGAGCUGACCAACAAACCGCAUCAACCGAGGAGAGCGAGAGAACAAAGUCAUCCGCGAUCGUUUGAAUCUUUUGCUUCGUACGAACCGUUGUUAAUGUCGCCAUUUGGAUGUGGUGUGGACUAGCAAUAAAUCUUGCCCCAUUACUCCGAAGGGAAAUGUACAGUUUGUGUUUUAUGCGGUACAAACUGAGAGAGGAGGGAACCUGUCACUCGCGUACGAUCGCGAACUUGAUCGGGUUUUUUCAUCCCAAAGGGAUGAAGCAAAGGGUACAGUGUUUUGCCGGAAGCUUGGCCACCGUCUUUCUUCUCACCACAAUGUGGAGCAAAGAGAAUGCUACACUGGAGCUGGAGAGCUUUUUGCGCGUACGUACACUGGGCCCGUUAUUGGCGCGUUCGCCUUGCCUCAACCAUUUUCUCAUGCGUUCGAUGUGCCACGCGCUCCACGUAAACCCGCGGAGAUUGGAAAGGUUUGCUUUCAGUUCACAAACGCUCUUUGAAGCUGGCGGACGGCCAUCAUCCGCGUUUGCGUUGGCGGUUUUGCGUUACGAAAAAGCUUCAUUCGCGUGGUGGUUAAGCUGGAUCGGAACUGGUUUUUUGUUGUGUGCUGUUGUAUUUUCUGUACAUUGAAGGAGCCAUUUUACCGCUUAAUGGAAAGGAACGAAAAAGUGUGCCAAAAAAGUGGCUUUCGUAGCUGAAAACAUUUUUUCGUUGGUUGCAAUGUUUGAAGUGAUUUGGCACAAGAAAACGGCUAGUGCUUUUAAGAAGCUUUCCGUCUACUUCACUCGUCAGCAGUGUUUGGUCAAUACAUAAAUGGCCGUAACUGAAUGAGAAAAGUAACGGAAACCAUGUUGGUAAAGAAUCAUCGUCGUUGAGGGAAAAGGAAAAUCGAACGUCGAUAAUUAUGUAUAUUAAGCUCGACAAGUUUUCGACAGUUACGUGACACCGGAUACACAGAGUGCGUGAACCAAUCGGUGGAGUGAUUUUUAUAGCCUUUUCCCCGUCCCAAACCGCCAAAGGUCACUGGAGCAUGAAUGUGCCGUGAUAUGUUUCGUGGUGAAUAAAACACAUACAGAAAUGAAAUCAAUACCAAAAUAAAAGCGAGCAAAAGUUCAGGUGGGAUUGGCCUGUGGGACGAGAUUUUCCCUGACGAGUUCCAUUUCAUAUCAAACUGUAUAACGAGCACUCUGAACACACGUUAAUUGAAUGUUACAGUUGACCUAGUGAAAUGAGCCACCGAGCCAUCCACCAGAAGCUUCUCAAUAUGGGUUUCUCUCUUUUUCGUGUGUGAAAGAAGCACAAUUACAGCUCGUAAAACCGUUACAUGAAAGCACUGUGCCUCAAGACAAAGACGAGCAAGACGAGCAAGACGAGCGAGCGAGGAAAUUCCCUUCACAAAAAAAGCACAAACUCCCAGCCGUGAUGGAACUGAGCGAUCAUAAAGCAAUAGAAAUGUUGUGCUCCGUGUUUGUAGAGUGAAGUUUGUGGCCACACAAUACGCAGCUGUGGAACCUGUUGGUGAAUGUGUGACGGUGUGUUUUCACGUUGAACGUUUUAGCAAAAAUUCAUUAAACACUGACAACUUACUAGUAUCCCGAUCGGUAGUACCCAUCCAUACGUUUGAAGAUUACGUCGUCGAUCAUAUUUAUUGGAGUGAUCGUCCUAUACGAAAAAACACACUUCAAGCUUCGCCGGAGUUGGUUAUACACGCGUGAGGAAAACAACCUGGCCGCUACCAAUGCCAAGCGUUCGUACCAAGGCUUUGUUUUCUACUAAGCUCAUUGCAAUGAUCAAUUGCUUACGUAGUGGUGCAGCACACUCAAAAGGCAGUUAGGCCGAGGCGCAAGAAUCGCUGUUGGACAUGAUGUUGGCAAAGCUAUUACGCAGGCACCAUUAUUUCACCAUUACGCACCGUUGUAACAGUUUCAGAUCUCCCUUUCAUUUAAGGGAAUCUACCUGUGUACGAUGAUUUGCAGCAACGAGUGCGAAAAGGUACGAUUUUUGCGCCAAAUAGCUAACAUUGAAGUGUGUCUGACUUUGGAUUAGUUCAGAAAGAGUCCCGAUCAGAUUCGAAACAUAAAACGUUGAAUGGGUGAAUUCAGUGAUCAAGCACAACCAUCGUCAGCUGGCAGGCAUCACUACCCGAAAGAACUCCCCAGCAAGAUGCGCGUCGGUGAGGACGAUCUGCCAAGCCUCGAGUACAUCGAGGAUCCGUACAUACCGAAGCUAGAUCCGAAUUGCUUUACACCUUCGCUGGACGAGGUGUACGAUAUCGAUGAAGAUGAUGGACUGAUAGGACACGAGGAACAGCACUGGUCCGACGAAACGGAACGUUAUCUCCGUUCGCUAACGCUCGAUCAAAUUCUCGGAGUACCCUCCGACGAUGAAGAUAUCGAUCCAACGUCGGAAGUGGAGCUACAAACCGUGGAGACGGAGUUCAAUCCGCCGCUAUCCUCAGACGAAGGCGAUAGCAGCGAACACCCGUCCAGCAAAGAUCCUGGCGAACGGUUAGGUGUUGGAAUCUGUUUCGAACCUGCCGGCAAAGAUGAAACACCACCGAGUCCGUUACGAUCGGGCAGUGGUGGAGGUGUUGUGCGAAACAUUCUGACCGGCCGAUUGUUACUCGGCGGUGCCACCAACAGACGUAUCCGUGCACUGUUCAAUCGGCGCAAAAUUCGGGACGUACGGGUCACGUUCAUCGAUUUCUCGAAGCCAUAUCUGGCCCGUAUCUCGAGUGGUGAUAACUACAAAAGCUUCCUCAACAUUGGGAGUGCACCAGACAAUUCUGGAAAAUUGUCCGAUGCAUCUCCGGUUGGGUCGAUCAGCUCGGCCGAAAUUGCGAAUGAAUUUUCCGGACUAUCAGCCGAAGAGCAAACAGCGCAGCGUGAAGAAUGGAGUCAGGAAUUGGCACGCGUUGAAGAGGAGAUAACAACAUUGCGGACGGUGCUACAGUCAAAAAUGCGCCAUGCUAGUGAGCUGAAACGCAAGCUAGGCAUUACCGUGUGGAAGGAAAUCACGGACGACGUUAGCCAGGGAUUUAAGAACGUCAAAGAAAGCAACGUCUACCAAAAGACGGAAAGUGCGCUCAAAACGACAGCCGGUAAGACAACAUCUGUGAUCGGUGGUAUUGCGGGAAAGAUGACCCAAAAGUUGACGGAAAUGAAGCAGUCGGAUUCUUUCCGAUCGUUUGAAGAACGCGUCGGAUCGGCAUACGAAAAUGUUAGGUCGAAGGUUUCAUCGCGCUCCAGCUCGGUGCAGAGCUUCAUCGAGGAGGAAAUAGAAGAAGAGCAAAGACUUCUAAAGGAAGAGAAGCAAAAGUUAGACGCCGAUGCCGAUGCUGCCAGCUCCAAUGAAGAUUCGAACGAGGACAGUAAUUCCGUUGCUGGCACCAGUUCCGCUACCUCCAGUGUAGCCGGCAUAACGACGCGCCGUGGUCGUCCGCCCGGUAAGAAAAAUUCCGGUACGAUGCUGCUGGGAGAUGAUGAUGAUCCGAAGCACGUAAGCCUAACGGUGGAGGCUUACUAUCCCCCGAGCGAGGCGUCCAGCUUUGCAGCCCAAGUGCUCAGCCUAACCGGGUACGAACAUCCGCUGCGUAAGGAGGCGGUGGACAUCGAAUAUCUGAAGCAAAUCGUAGCAAACGAUCAUUGCUACACUCCGCUUUUGUCACCAACGCAAAAGCUGCCCCCGCGAACAUUGUUGGACGAUGUUGAUUCGGCGGAAGAAUCGACGAUAAACACGACAAACAAACCAAAGCCGGGUAGCACCAUCAACAGCACGCUCAUUGGAAAGUUUGCCGACGUACGUAAAGGUAUCACUGUGAAGGUGACCAAAACGGUUCCCACAGCGGCUUCGAGUGCAACUACAAUCACACAGAACAAGCUGAGAAAAUCCAUUUCCGGCCCGGGCCUUGUACUGCCGGAGCAGAAAAAGGCAAUCAAACCUGGAAAACCUGUAACGAAAUCAGCGAAAGAAAUUGACGACGAAGAUGACGAUGAGGACGAUGAUUUCGAUUCGGAUUACACGGAAGAAGAGUCUUCCUACUCGGAGGACGAUGACGAGAUGGAUGCCGAUUUUAGCGUCACCGGACGUACCACGAUCAAGAAGCGGAAGAAAUUGGUAAAGAAUAAAGUGUCUCCGAAAGCAUCGCAACGUGGACCGUAUAGAAAAUCGGACGCGAAAGAGCACGGCGAAGCCGGCCAGGCAAAGGAAGCCGAUAGGCUUAAGCACGGUAAGGUGAUUGUUAAACCUAUCACACCAACCGCAGUAAAGCCGUUGCCACAAAAGACACUACUUACAAAGGCGGAACAGAUCGUUAAAGUAACACCCGUGAAGAAGGAUGUCGUGAAACUGCACACCAGUUCAUCCUCAUCCGGAUCAUCAACACCGACCGGUACAACCAGCAACAGGCAACUGUUGCAACCGGGCACGAUUGCUGGAAAACUACAACCCAAACCCGACACAAGCCAACCGAAACAACCUUCACCCGCUACCGCUUCGACGACAGCAACCGUAACCGCACCCAGCAUUGCGGUUCCUAAAAAGGAAAAGAAACCCAAAACCAAUCCACACGACGCCGCACUGUUCAGCGAUAUGUCCGCACUCUUUUCCACACCGGACAUAAUUAAGAAAGUUAAUUCGGGCAAAACUCCAACAUCAACGAAUACUUCUACGGGAAAUAUUGCUAACGCUGGGUCACCGUUGAUCACCACCACCACCAGUCAACCAAGUUCUCCGGUGGUAAAAAUGCACGUUCUUACAAAACCGACCGAACAGAAGCAACCAACAGCACCGCUACAAACUUCCACGCCUACUGCUCAUACACUGCCCAACACGCAGCAACGAUUGGAUCUGAUCGAUGCGAUCGUACAGGAAGAUUUGCACCAAUCGGUACCGGUUGCACCAACUCCCAAGCCGAACAUUUCCUCGCAGAUGCAACCGUCUCAGUCUACAGAAAUACCAAACAUUGUGCAAAUGUUGGAGCAACCGUCCGCCAGAACGGUUGACGCUAGUAGCACAAUUUUAACUCCAUUGCUGCCGGAAGUAAAAUCGCUCCAACCAGUAGUACAACCAGUGAUACAACCGGUCGUUGAUCUUCUGCCCGACACAAGCAUCCUGGAGGCACUGAACAGUAACGAUGAUGCGCUACCGGAAGAGCUGCUAGAGCAUGUAGCGGAAUUGGCAAAAAAUAAGGAACUGCAAGAAAUACUCGACAAGCAAGUGCUUGGUGUGAUUGGUUCGGAAGGAUUACUAGCCCCUCCCGUUAUUCCUAUCGGAGGCGAAAGUGUGACGAACAUGUUACCGGGACAAUCAAUGAUCCAGGAAGCUUCAGCAAGUAUCCCAUCCACCAUAGCUUUCCCGAUUGUUCCGAUACAGACCAUUAGUUCCGAUGCUUCGUUAGUAAUGAAUUCCAACGAGCCCGUUCAGCAACAGCCCACGGGUACAGCGGAUCAGUCGGUACCACGAAGGGAUGCGAUCCAAAUUCGACGUAGCGAUGGUCGGCUGAUCACGUUGCCACCAAUCGAAGCACCUACAACACGUGCCUCGAAGCGACGUGCGCAAGUAAGCGAUCCUAGUACACCGAGGUCGACAGUACGUCAAUCAAUCGAUCAAUUACCGAUCACGGUAACGGGUGGUCCGGAAGCAACGUUUACGGCAACACCCGAAACACCCAAACCUACAAGACGAUCGUCUGUCAAGGUUGGAACUACACCAACCUCUUCCCGACCUGUGACACCGGCCGCAAUGGUUGUUACCGAUGGACCGAACGAUCAAGCAGCUGGGCAAACAGUGGACGACGCAUCGAAAGCGAAGCGAAUCAACAAAACCCGUCAGUCAGUCGAUAAUAGUCGCGUGAAAAGAAUCAGCUCAACGAACGUGGCCAUCGCUAUCGAGGCGGCAGCGCAAGAUGAUGAUUACGAAUCGGACGAAAGCUGGAACUCGGAAGAUGAUCCGGAUCGGCUUUGGUGUAUAUGUAGACAGCCGCACAACAAUCGCUUUAUGAUAUGUUGCGAUUUGUGUGAAGAUUGGUUCCAUGGAAAGUGUGUGAAUAUAACGAAAGCAAUGGGCCAACAGAUGGAACAUGAUGGUAUCGAAUGGACUUGCCCGAACUGUCUGAAGAAGAAACAAGAUCGACAGCAACCAAAAUUAAUGGCGUUUUGGGCAAAAACCGGUGGUGACACGGGAACUACUGAUACGGCUGCACCGUCGCCCAAGCCAUCACUGCAAGGCACCACCGGUUCGCCGGCAAUAGCGACCGAGGGUAAUUGUGUUGUUUGCAAUAAGCAAGCUAAAUCAGGCUCAAUUUACUGUAGCGAUGAGUGCAUUCGUAAGCAUGCUUCAAAUACCGUUGCCAACUCUCAACCUGCGUCCAAGGUGGAAAAAACAAAAGAACGUCCAAACGUAGCAUCUGCAGCGGUUUCAGUGACGGCUGCUAGUGCGAAUGAUCUAUCAAACGACAGUCAAAUGGUGAUCGUUAUGGAACGCAAAACUGGCCGUUGUUUAACCGGGAAAAAUGCACCAUCGUUGGAAAAUCUUAAAAGCUGGCUACAGGCCCAUCCUACCUUCGAGGUUGUUCCACCCACCUCCCAGCAGGGUACGAUUAUUCUGAAAAAGCAGGCAGCGAUGCGAAAGCAGCAACUUGAGAAGGAAGCUGCCGAACGUAAAGCGGCAUCGUCCGCCAAUGCGGUAACAACUUCCACCGGGCCAGUGGCUAAAACGCAAACUCAGCUUAAAUUUAACGAACAAAAAAAGAUAGUCAUAUCGAGCGCAACACCAUCCGGUGCGGUCACGACUAAAUCACAAAAUUCACCUAAAAUUCUCACCACAACCAGCAAGCAAGCAAUGGUGCAUAAAGUUGCAUCGCCGUCGGCUACCAGCACGUCUUCUUCCCACUUGGUGCUUGUUAAGGGAGCUGUUACACCAGGGGCGAAAGGUGUAUCUAGUCCGGCAAAUCAACAGAAGAUACCGGUGGGAUUGGCGGGUAAUAACAGCUCACCGACAACAACACACCCGACAACGGGAUUAUCAACGAGCGUUAGCAAACAAAAGAAACCAACACAAACGUCUGCACCAUCAUCAGCUCUCUCCUCGGAACAAUCGAAACAGUUCCGAAGCUCCAAAUCAUCUACGACGGCCGGUGGUGAGAACAUUCGUGUGACUGUGAAGAAAACAUUAAAGGAACAUCUUAUGCAGCGUACCGCUGAGCUGCAGGAAGAUAGCACCUUUAAUCGACUCACCGAAGAGGAGAUUGAUCGUUUCGUAGAAGACACAGAGCAUCAACUGUUUGUACUCUUCAACAAGGACACCGGCAUGAAGUAUCGGGCCAAGUACCGAUCGUUGGUGUUUAACAUAAAGGAUCGCAAGAAUUUAUCACUGUUUCAGAAGAUAUCGGAAAAGCUGAUAGAACCAAAGCAAUUGGUUCGUAUGACUGCUGACGAGCUGGCAAGCCAGGAGCUGGCCCAGUGGCGCGAAAAGGAAGCUAAACAUCAGCUGGAAAUGAUUAAAAAAUCGGAACUAGAUCUGUUAGCCUGUGCGAAAAAUUACGUACUAAAAACGCACAAGGGGGAGGAAGUGAUCGAAGGUAAAACGGACGAUCGCGUCCAGCUGGAUCCGUCCGCUCCGGUUGAGGAUGUGGUACUGCUGUUAAACAAUUCCGCCGUUAGCAGUACGAGUGAGCUGGACGAUUCGUCCACUGCCUUCCCGGAAGGUUCACAUCGUUCGAAGGAUUACGAUUAUGGUGUGUACGGUAAAUCGUACACGGGAAUAUACGGCGGCAGUGGUUCGAUAUCGAGCAGCAGCAGUGUAACAGGGCUCGGUAGCGGUAAGCUUGACAGUCACGGUUCCGGUGGUGCUGGUUCAUCAUCAUCUUCAUCGCGGAAAAAGGAAUCUCGCCGAAGCAGCCGCAGCCGCAGCCGGGGCAGAAAGCAUGAGCGUGAUCGUUCGCGUGAUCGUAGCCGAUCGAAGCACAAACGAAAGCGCAGCCGCGAACGUAGCCACGAAGGACAUACGAGUAGGGACCGGGAACGCGACAGGGAUCGGGAACGUGACCGGGACCGGGAACGGGAGCGGGACCGCGAACGUCAUCACAAGGGACGUGAACGAAGCAAGGAACGUUCGAAACAUGAAGGGAAGAAUUCGCGGGAAAAAGACACCACGUCGAAGAAUUCAUCGGACAAACGAAGAACUUCAACGGCUAGUCGUGGUAUGGAAGGGAUCGAUCCGAACGCGGCUAAAGAUGUGCCGGAACCAGAACGAAAGGUCGGCAAAACCAGUGAAGCGCAAAGUAAAGCAACGUCGGGAUCGUCCAAGAAGCGGCUUGAAGGUACGAAAGAUGCGAUUAAACUUCCGGUAACAGAAGCGGAAAGUGAUAAAUUGCUAGAAAGCAAGGACGCUAUUAAUCCCGAAUCGGAACACCUGAGCGAUGCAGCCGCGUUGGAGAAAAAAUCUUCAACGCAGGAAAAGAACGCCGACGAUACGAAAGUGUCGACGGCAGCUGUUGAGCUCCCGAGCAAAGAUUCGAAACCCGAUCAGGAUCAAGAACCGUCCAGCACAGUGACGAUUCCAACGCCACCACACUAUCCGUUCGAGGGUCAAUCGUCCGACGAACCGAACGGUGGAACUGUGGUCGAUCAGCAGAAGCUAGAAGCGGAAAAGAAUCAUUGGACGGGCAGUGUGCAUAUGAUCGAUGUGGCAAGUAUCGAAAUGUCAAUCCGUGCCGUCAGUGGUGAAAUUCACGACGUUGCUAAAGACUUUACCGAGGAUCUAAACAUUUGUGGCACCAUUAAACCGGAAAUUGUAUGGGAAUACAUUGGGCAGAUAAAGAAAAGUCCCAACAAGGAGGUGUGUUUGGUGCGGUUCCAUUCAACGGAAGCGAGCGCUUACUAUACGCUGUACAAUCAUUUGCACUCCCGCAAACGGUACAGCGUUGUGAAAUCGCCCUCGGUUGCGAUAAAGGAUUUUUACAUCUUUCCCCUGCCGGCGGAUCAAAUGAUUCCGAUGAUUUUGAAACCGCUUCGAGGCAUUGGUAUCAUAGAAGGUGAUAGCAAGCCGAACCUGUUGCUGGGCAUACUGGUGAAGAUUAAGGGUGGUAAACGGCCAUCCUCUUCGAAUGCAACAAAUGCUUCCACCACAUCAAAGACCGUACGACAUCAAUCGAGAAGCACUGUUAGUGCAACGGGUGGAAAGUCCAGUACCGGUACGGCAUCUGCAUCUGGUAAACCUUCUUUAACGCAACAAGUUAUUACAAAGUAUGCAUCGAAAGAACCAUCGAACGAUGCAAAUAUGUCACUCAAACCAACGGAAUCCGAAGCUGGCUUGAAGCUCGAUACGAUGGUGGUGCGUGCUGAAACGAACACUAGGGGCGAAUCUGCCGAAAUCAAUACUCCCGACACGCCGGUUAACGAUCCCAUGGAUAUGGAAAUUGAUAUGGAUAUUAUAAAGGCACCGAUUGCUGGAAAAGUUGUGGCCGUAGAGGGAAAUAGUAACAGUAGCAGCGUUGGGCCGAGUCGUGUACCGGAAGCAAACGCCAUGCUGAUCGACGAUGAUGACGAUGAACCGUACUCGCCCGGUGGUGGUAGUGAUGAUAGUAACUUUGCAGAUGUAACCGCUAUCGUCGACACGACGAAGGUGUCACGGGGCGGUGUCACCGACCAUGGUGUCGAUCCGGACGAAGAGCGGAUGCGGAUUGCAAUGGAUGAAUUGAAUAGGAAAAUAGCCGAACAGAAGAAUGAGAUUGUGGGGCUGAUCAGCAUGGCCGAUCUGAAGGAGGAGGAAAUUAAUUCCGCAUUGCCACCGUCAUUAAUUAACGGAAUUCCUAUACCACCCAAUUUAUCACAAAUUCUGGCCAGUAUUAAGGGUGGCGGUAGUGGUACUGCUGCAUUAGCAGCAGCAGCAGAACCGAUGGAUGAAAUAUCUUCCGGACCGUCUGGUAGUGGUAUGGUGAGCGGCAACAAUGUGGAACCAAUGCCGGUUAUAAAUCGACCAUCGGAAGUGCCAGAAGAUGAUGAAGAGGAAUAUAAUCCGACGACACCGGCGCUGUACGGAGCGUACAAAGCUGCUGCCUCGAUACCAUACGCCGCGAUACCGAUUGCAAACAGUCAGGGUGAUAUUGAUGAACGGAUUCUACCAGCUACGCUGCUUCCAUCGACCGUGGCGGUACAAAAUGUAAACACGUUCGAUUCGAUCAGUUCGAUGACCGCUUCCGAAGCUGUACUAGCCAAUCUUGCGGCCUCGUUGCCACCGGUUGCUAAUGUUUUGCAACCGACCGGUAGCGGUAGCGGAGGUGAAAGUCGUCUGGCGAAGCUAUCUGAAGCAGAAUUACUCAGCAUGGUACCGGAUGAUGUAAUUUUGCCCGAUUCUUCGUCGAAGGAUUCGUAAACAAAAAGUUUGUUGCUACUUGUAUUGUACAAGAAAGCUAAAAAACACAAAACCAUUACAUUACAACACAAUUCACAUCCUUCUACACACACACACUGAUACACGUUUUUGCAUAUGAGAAACAAAAAUGAAAUCGAAACCGCGAAUACGUUCGAAUAGCUUCGAUUGUAAAAUUGCUCCGUGAAGAUGAUUCAAACAGAGAACCUUUAAGUUCCACAGUACAUUUGUAAGCUAUCUCGAACGUACAAGAUUUGAACAAUGGCUCACUCUUUAGCACAUAGCGAUAGGACUCUUUGUCAUUCCUGCAAAGUAUAUGCACCGUUUGUUAUUUUGCAUAAUAACAAAUGAUUAGCAAUGUUUUGACAAGUGGGCAUAAAGGCAAUAUAAGAAAGAAUACUACUAAUAACCCCGAAAUGCGUUUCAACGUUCCAUUGCUACAUAUUGCUAGCAGUGACUAAGAUAUGUUACUUGCCACACAUACACCAUUAUUGCACAGUGAUUGUUUGAAUAGAUAACUUUAGCUUGGAAGAUAUUGCUGUGAAAUAUCGAAGAAAAAAAAAAUAUCUCUUUGAACUGCUGAAUAUUGUGUGUAUCUGGCAAAUGUGUUCUACUGUAAAAAAAAAAAAAACAUUAUAUAGUUGGCCUAUAAUAAUUACAGUACUUUAACCUUCUGUAUAAAGCUACAUGCAAAACGUUACAGUACUACUAAUUAGCGUAAGAUCUGAAAUCCCUAUUUUCAAAACUUUUGUAAUAUACUAUGUGUACUAGCUGUUAGUUUCUUUUUUUUUGUAAAACUCUAGGAACAAACAUUUGGAAAUGUGAUGUUGAAAACAAAGGAAACCCAUUGAACCUGCAUUUAUACUUUGGUGUAUUAUGGUUAAGCAGAAGCCACAAUUAACAUAGCGCGUACGAUUUAACGAAAACCUACUCUUCCUGAUGAUGGUGGACCCUUGCAUAGUUCUAACAUACGUGUGACUAUUCCUUGCAUGACGAUUAGAGAAGUAACAUAAUCUAGCACCAUUGUGGAGGCUUCCGUGUUUCAUUUAUAAUAGUCCAAACAAUUGAAGAAAUAAAUAUGAUUAGGAUCAUAAAAA